GUAGCUGGAAAACGGGAGAGAAAUAGAAUAGAGAAUUGCAUUGAUGGAUUUGUAGAAUUUCUCCUCAUAGUCCCUGCCUCCUACUUGCACUCCAGCCACUUCAAAGUCUCUCUCUCUCCCCAUAGCAAAGCUUGUUCUUUUCCUCUCCCAACACUACUUGAUCAAUCCAUCAUUCCUGAAGCCCCACCAUCUCAAGAUCACUGUGCAGAUGUCGAAGAAACGCAAAGCAACCGACCGUGAGUGUGCUAUCCCCCCAACAGGGCUUGAAACGGCCGACUCAGGUAACUAUUUAUAGCAAUCAUUAGAUUGCAUAGCACUGCUAGAAGGCAGACCAGAGAAGAAGACCCUGGGAGGACGGCCAGAGGCAGACACCUAGGUGUAAAGGUUGUUCGUGACCUGGUCUGUGCCUGCCUUGGCCUGAGGCUACGAGCUGAACUUUUCCCCAAUAGUUCUGCAAGAUUUGACCGAUGAGAAAGUAAAGGCAUAUCUCUCUCGUCACCCUCAAUUACUGGAUGAAUUUGUAUCAGAAAGUGUCUCUUCUGAAACCGUAGAAAAAUGGAUGAAAAAGAAAAACUUAAUUGAAGAUGUGACUCCCACAGAAGUCAGCAGGCAGUACCAGGAUACUAAUAUGCAAGGAGUUGUGUACGAACUAAACAGUUACAUGGAACAGCGGCUAGAUGCUGGCGGAGAUAACAAAUUACUUCUCUAUGAAUUAAGUGAUAUUAUCAGAACAGCCACAAAAGCUGAUGCAUUUGCACUAUAUUUCCUUGGAGAAUGCAAUAAUACCUUAUGUUUGUUCACACCUACUGGAACAAAAGGAGGACAGACUCAACUUAUUCCUGCUGGACCAGUUGAAUAUGGCACCACAAUAGCUGCCCAUGUAGCCAAAUCUCGAAAUACUUUGUUACUAGAAAAUAUUAAAGGGGAUGAAAGAUUUCCAAAAGGUACUGGACUGGACUCAGGGACUCGCAUCCAGUCUGUUCUUUGCUUACCUAUAGUUACAGCAAUUGGUGAUCUUAUUGGAAUUUUGGAACUUCAUAGGCAUUGGGGAAGGGAAGGCUUCCGCCUGUGUCACCAACAGGUGGCUACCGCUAAUCUUGCUUGGGCUUCAGUAGCAAUACAUCAAGUACAAGUUUGCAGAGGACUAGCGAAGCAAACCGAGCUGAAUGAUUUUCUACUAGAUGUGUCCAAAACAUAUUUUGAUAACAUAGUUGCAAUAGAUUCUUUACUUGAACAUAUUAUGAUAUAUGCAAAGAACUUGGUGAAUGCAGAUCGAUGUGCACUCUUUCAGGUAGACCACAAAAACAAAGAGUUGUAUUCUGAUCUUUUUGACAUUGGUGAAGAGGAUGAAGGAAAGCCAGUUUUUAGAAAGACCAAAGAAAUUAGAUUUUCCAUUGAAAAGGGAAUAGCUGGUCAAGUUGCCAGAACUGGUGAAGUUCUGAACAUCCCUGAUGCCUAUGCUGAUCCUCGCUUUAAUAGAGAAGUAGACCUAUAUACAGGUUAUACGACGAGGAAUAUCCUGUGUAUGCCUAUUGUAAGCAGAGGGAGUGUUAUUGGUGUUGUACAGAUGGUGAACAAACUAAGUGGAAGUGCCUUCUCCAAAACAGAUGAGAACAACUUUAAAAUGUUUGCUGUUUUCUGUGCUUUAGCCUUACACUGUGCAAAUAUGUACCAUCGAAUCCGCCACUCUGAGUGCAUUUACCGUGUGACUUUAGAGAAGUUGUCUUAUCACAGCAUCUGUACUUCAGAAGAAUGGCAGAACCUCAAGAACUGUACCCUUCCAGCAAUUAUCUGUAAAGAGAUUGAAUUAUACCACUUUGAUAUAACACCCUUUGAGGAUCUAUGGCCAGCAAUUUAUGUGUACAUGAUACAUCAAUCGUGUGGUAAAACUUGCUUUGAACUUGAAAAGUUGUGUCGUUUCACAAUGUCGGUGAAAAAGAACUAUCGCCGUGUCCCUUAUCAUAAUUGGAAACAUGCAGUAACGGUAUCACAUUGCAUGUAUGCUAUACUACAACGUAAUAAGGAAUUAUUCACUGAUUUGGAGAGAAAAGGACUCUUGAUAGCAUGCUUAUGUCAUGACCUCGAUCACCGGGGUUAUACGAACAGCUAUUUACAAAAAUUUGAUCACCCUCUGGCAGCAUUAUAUUCCACCUCUACAAUGGAACAACACCACUUCUCCCAAACUGUGUCUAUUCUGCAGCUGGAAGGGCACAAUAUCUUCUCUAACUUGAGUUCCAAUGAGUAUGAGCAAGUAUUGGAGAUAAUUCGCAAAGCCAUUAUUGCCACAGACCUUGCACUGUACUUUGGAAAUAGAAAACAUCUAGAAGAUCUUCACCAAACAGGGGCUCUCAACUUUAACAAUCAAGGGCACAGGGAUCGUUUAAUAGGUUUAAUGAUGACAGCUUGUGAUCUUUGCUCGGUAACAAAACUAUGGCCUGUGACCAGAAUGAUCGCUGAUGAUAUCUAUGCUGAAUUCUGGGCAGAGGGUGAUGAAAUGAAAAGGCUUGGUAUUUCCCCAAUACCCAUGAUGGACAGAGAUAAGAAGGAUGAAAUUCCUCAGGGGCAGAUUGGAUUCUAUAAUGCAGUGGCUGUUCCUUGCUAUACAACAUUAUCACAAAUUUUUCCGACCACAAGACCACUUCUUAAUGCAUGCAGGGAUAAUCUUAGCCAGUGGGAGAAGGUGUCCAGGGGAGAAGAUACCACAAUGUGGAUUCCUACCCAGCCAACAGAUUCUUCAGAUUCUCUUCCCGUUAAGAUUGAUGAUUGAUCUUCAGUGGCAUGAAAAGCGCAUCAACCACCACAUAAGGGAAAAAAAACAUGUUAUUCUAGUACACAUUUUCCCUUUUUUAACUGUAAAGUUUAACAGAUAAGUAGACCUAUGUUACUGUAGGACCUUACUUAGGAAAUGACUGUGUUGUAUUCAGUAACAUAGUUUCUAGCUACUUUUGUUAGCUGCAUAUCUCCUCUUAGGGUACUUUUUGCUUAAUGGUCUACCCGGUACUUAAACACUGAGGUGUGCAUAUUCAAAGGGUUUAGUUGUAAACCAUAUUAACUUUGGUAAAAUUAUCAUUUCUUAUUUUUAGAAAGGUUUCUUAGUUGAUCCUCUUUCAGGGGAGCACUGAGAAUUUUUGGCACUUAGUAAACCUGUGAAAGGUUAGGCUCUUAUUUUUUGUACUGUUUGUAGGUUAACAAGAGCACUUUGCAAUUACCUUGAGGUCUGCAGAACUGUGUGCAAAGGCUUUCGAGUAUUUGGGAUGUAAACUGUAUUUAUUUUAAAUGUUUAUAGACUGCUUCAAUCCUUGCUACUGCCGCUGUGCCUGGGCUGUAGGGUAGCGUCACCCCUCUUAUGUAGAUUCACAGAAACAACGAUGUCCGGCACCAUGCAGCAGGUAAAAGUCCACUUUAUUGAAGCAAUCAAUAAAAGUACAGGCAGAGCGCAGUCGCCUAUGCGUUGUCCUUAGUCA